GAAGUGCCGUUAAAUACCAGGAAGUUGUAAACAAAGCUGACAGCUAUUUAGUUAGCUGUUAACAACAGCCGAAUGGAUGCAUAGCCAGCCGUGUAUAACAGGCUAGUUGUAUGCAGAUGUUGUGUAUUUGUCAAUAAUAUAGCUAAACAGUUUCUUGUAGAUAUACAUCGUUUCUCGGAAAUAUAUAUAUAUAUAUAUAUAUUAUCCGUGCGAUUGUUCAACAACCUGACGUUAGCUGCCUUCCGUUUUCUCGUUAGGAAUAGGCUAACGUUUGCACAAGGACGUUAGUGCUAGCUUUAACGCUUGCGAAGUUAACGUCCAGUCGAGUUUUAAUAUCCAGAAUUAAACUAGUGAGCAACACUAGUCCCCGAUUCUUGUUUUUCUGCUGCAUCGGCUUUCUGGGAGCAGAAAGAGCGAGAGCGUUCGUCCAUUUCAGCAGGACAACAAUGUCUACAUCGAACGCUAAUUUCAAAAACAAGUGUGUGACCCAGGUGAACUGCACAUUUUGUGACAGUCUUCUCUGUACAAGAGGCAUGAAAGCAGUGCUUCUUGCCGACACUGAGGUUGAGCUGUUUUCGACUGAUAUACCUCCCAACAGAACUGUUGACUUUGUGGCCAGCUGCUACUCUACUGAAAGCUGCAAAUGCAAACUGAGAGACAUUGCAUGUCUUAAGUGUGGUAAUGUUGUGGGCUAUCAUGUGGUGGCCCCCUGUAAACCCUGCCUGCUCUCCUGUAACAACGGCCAUUUCUGGAUGUUUAACAGCGACGCCGUAUCUACUCUCAACAGGCUGGAUGCAACAGGUCUGAAUCUGCUCCUGUGGGGAGAUCUUCCUGAACUGGAUGACAGUGAGAACGAAGAUUUAGAAAGCCCAUCAGAGGAGGAGUGUAUUAGGUAGAGAGGGAAACGGACAAUGUGAGAGACCUGGAACGCCAACAUCUGAGGCUGAGCUAGAAGAGUGUACACACCAUGCUUGAGAUCAGAGAGAGAAAAGAGAUGUUUUAAAGGGUAAUUUAAUACUGACUCACACAGGGCAGUACUGCUGCUGGUGCAUUAGUUAAAACUGAAACUAUGAUGCACAUCUGGCCACACCCCAAUCAGGGACGUCACAGCAGGUGUUUUGCCUUUGCAGCUGAUAAAGAAAGCACCUGCUGUGACAUAACCCAUGGGGCGUGGCUCAAAAUUGAACAUGCUCCGGAGUUAGAACCCACAGAGAACAGUGCAGCAAAAGUUUUUGGCCCUAUGUAAUUUAGUGUUGAAUUACACUUUAACCUGUGACCAUGUCUUUCCCCAUCACUGAUAAAAGCACAGACGCACAAUGCCACACACAUUCUUCACUCUCUUUUUCUCUUUGUUGUAUAUUUGCAUGGGCUACUGUAAAACACGUGGCUGAAGUCGACUGAAAAUAACAAACAACUAGAGUUCUUAAUCUAGUGCAUUCUUCUUUUCAUCGCAGUGUCCACUGAGCUCAUGGUUUUUAUUGGCCUCCUGAGAAGUUGUGGAUGUGGUGUGAUAAGUCAAUGGAACUCAUCAGUGGGUGCUGUGCUUUUUAACGCUGUCUACGUUCAGUCCACUUUUCUGAUAAGAUGACCACAAUUCGCCUACUGUCUUUGUAAUGGCAGUUGUACAUUGACAAUGCUGUAAUAAGCAAAAGCUCCCAUAAGAGUUAUGUUCUAAGUUGGAGUGCUUCUUGAAUCCUGUGUAUUGGAGAGAAAAAAAGACAAUGAUUGAACUCUAGAGUGAGAGAGUUUGUGCUUUUUAAGGCCCGUUUGAUUUAGGUUACCUUACAAUCUGACGUACUAUCAGUGAUACAUUUUGAUAUACUGAGACAGUGUUUGUUACACACUUGACAGCAGCAGUAUGCACCUAACACGCAGAGGAAUCUGACUGUAGCAGUAUCUGACACUAACAUACUAACUUAUGCAUAGGGUGUCUUUCCACAAAAGUCUGGAGCAACUGAAUUUUAAAGAGCUCAACUCAAAUAAUAUGUUGCCAGAUUGACGA